GAGCGAGGAGUGGCUGGGCGUGAGUGUGUGAGUGUAUGUGGGAACGAGUGUGUGUGAGAACGAAUGUGUGUGUGAGUUGGGGUGAGGGCGACCCAGGGCGACUGCGAGACAGUGAGAAAGUGGGCGAGUGUGCGAGGGCCCUGGCCUGGCUGCGGGAGCCGCGGUUGCGGAGAAAAGAGGCGGCUCCCGGCAUCCCGACCCCAUCCCCCUUCUCGGACCUUCAGCCCGCUCGGCAGCCCGCGCUUCCCUCCGAGGCCCCAACCCGGCUCGGUCGCCGAGAUCGGGGGAGUGGCCGCCCGAGCCAGGUGCUGGAGUCUGCUUGUCAGGGAGGGGGGCAGUCUGUGAUUCUGAGAACAGAGAGCCAAGAAGGGGAACAGCAAAUUCAGUCACAUACCAUCCUCCACUCAGCCAAGAGCCACUUUUUCUUCCCGCCUUCCCCCCUGCAGGGGAGGGAAAUUACCAGCAACAUCUUAUGGUAAAUCCUCUUAUCCCUUCUCAGCAAUAUUGUGAAGAAACACACUAAAGUGGACAUUCUUUUUUCCUCUGACCAAUGAACACCAGCCAAGCUUCAGGCAUUAGUUUGUUGGGGCACAGGAUGAACCAAAUCGUUUAAAGUAUCUCCCAAUUCUUCCUUUGCCCAAUUUGUUUCCACCUGGAAUUUGCUACUGGGGUAAGUCACUAGACUGAUUUUUCAAAAGUUCUCCCUCCCUGUGAGCUGAAAGGCUGAGCACCAUGAACCCUGGAAGGGAUUGGGGAAAGGGACCCACCAGAGUGAGUUGUUCUACACUUUGGGAAAUAGCUUUUAUUAUCUUGCCUCGGGGAGCAGGCAUUAGAGGCCUAAACUGAGUGAAAAUGGGUGGAGGAAGAACUUCUAUACCCACGAACAACAUGUGAAGAGUGAGAGAAAACCAAACAUAAAGUAAGGAGGAAAAAGUAUACAUUCAGGAGGAAAUAAUCAGGAAAAGGAAGAAUAAGAAGAUCAAGAUGUGUAGCUCUGUGGCUGCCAAAUUGUGGUUUUUGACAGAUCGUCGGAUCAGGGAAGACUAUCCCCAAAAAGAGAUCUUACGAGCAUUAAAGGCCAAGUGUUGUGAGGAGGAACUGGACUUUAGGGCUGUGGUGAUGGAUGAAGUGGUGCUGACAAUUGAGCAAGGAAACUUGGGUCUUCGGAUCAAUGGAGAACUAAUUACUGCCUACCCCCAGGUGGUGGUAGUGAGAGUACCAACCCCUUGGGUACAAAGUGAUAGCGACAUCACUGUUUUGCGCCACCUAGAGAAGAUGGGAUGCCGGUUGAUGAACCGACCUCAAGCCAUCCUGAACUGUGUGAAUAAGUUCUGGACGUUUCAAGAGUUGGCUGGCCAUGGUGUUCCUCUGCCAGAUACUUUCUCUUAUGGUGGUCAUGAAAAUUUUUCUAAAAUGAUUGAUGAAGCAGAAGUACUGGAGUUCCCGAUGGUAGUGAAGAAUACACGGGGUCAUCGAGGCAAAGCUGUUUUCUUAGCUCGAGAUAAGCACCAUUUGGCGGAUCUGAGCCAUCUUAUUCGCCACGAAGCUCCAUACCUGUUCCAGAAGUAUGUGAAGGAGUCUCAUGGACGGGAUGUGCGUGUCAUUGUUGUGGGAGGCCGUGUGGUUGGCACCAUGUUACGUUGUUCCACAGAUGGGAGGAUGCAAAGCAACUGCUCACUAGGUGGUGUGGGGAUGAUGUGCUCAUUGAGUGAACAAGGGAAGCAGCUAGCUAUCCAGGUGUCUAAUAUCCUGGGGAUGGAUGUGUGUGGCAUUGACCUGUUGAUGAAAGAUGACGGCUCCUUCUGUGUCUGCGAGGCCAAUGCAAAUGUAGGUUUCAUCGCCUUUGAUAAGGCUUGUAAUCUAGAUGUAGCUGGUAUCAUAGCGGACUAUGCCGCCUCCCUUCUGCCCUCUGGCCGGCUCACCCGGCGUAUGUCCCUGCUCUCUGUGGUGUCCACGGCCAGUGAGACUAGUGAGCCGGAGCUGGGUGCCCCAGCCAGCACUGCUGUUGACAACAUGAGCGCAAGUUCCAGCUCUGUUGACAGCGACCCUGAAAGCACCGAGCGAGAACUGCUCACCAAGCUCCCAGGGGGCCUAUUCAACAUGAACCAGCUGCUAGCCAAUGAAAUUGAACUCCUGGUGGAGUGACUCCACUGGUAAAUAAUUAACCAACAAAACCCUUGUAAAACUUUCUUUUUCUUUUUUUUCUUUAUUAUUUUUAACCAACUUGCAAUGCUGUUCAUGGAAUAUGCUCAGGAAGAUGAGACAAAAAUGAGUACGAUUAGUUAGGAGAGAAGAGGAGGGAGAUAGACAAGACUUCUGCUGUUAAGAUGUUAUUGACUUUCAUUUAAAAUUAUACAUAGAGGCUAGGCACAAGAGAUGAGCUACAGAGAAGUGUCAGGUUCUCACAGUUACCCUUUAUUUACUCAAAAAUGUGUGUGUUCUCAGGCCAUAAUGAACAUACAGAAUUUUUUCAUGGUUCCUUGCUUUUGUUUUUGUGCAGUUGGUACAAAUUUCAGAAUAGCAUAACUUUACAUUGUGUGGCAAAGAUUUAUAAUGGGGUGAGGAAAACAUCUAUCUAAAUUAUAGAAUUUUUUAUACAAGUCUGAAAAUUCUGCCUUUAACGUAUUAACUAGCAGCUUUAUAUACAUAGUUUAUGAAGUCUUGAGGGGCUCUUACUGGGAUUUAUUAUUUCUGUUUUUAGUUUUUCAUUUAAUUUGGGUGGGAGGGCAUUGUGAAUAUGACCCAAUAAAGGUUUUUUUUUAAUGACAAAAGUGGCAUGUUUGCAUGAUGAAAGGGAAAUGAACAGUAUUGCAAUGUCUGGUACACAGAAUAACAUUUACUCCAAUGUAGAUAAAAUUACACUAGUUUAAAAUAUGUGCAUUGACUUGUAUUUGUUAGUGUUUUGGUCUUUUUUGAAAAAUAUAUGCUCUGUUAAUGUUGCAUUUUUUUAAACAUGCUAGUCUAACAUUCCCUGAUCUAUGCCUGCAUCUUUAACAAUGGCCAAAGUGAAGAAAAUGCUACCCUUUUUUGUUAACAAGAAACUGACUUGAAAUGUACAGUUAAAGCCCUUUUUUUUCUUCCCCAUUUUUAUUUUGGUGGUUGGGCAUUUAGAGAAUAAGAACAAGGGAAAAUAUUUUUCAGGGGCAAAUCAAUGGCCUUUGAGUUCUUAAGCAUAAGCUGCAGUGAUUUCUAAUCCCAGCAUUAUAUAUUUUCAUUUUUCACAUCUUAAUAGGGAGUAUAUGUAUGUAUGUGUGUGCACGCAAGCAUGUGUAUGUGUUCUGCUUUUUUUGUUUACACCAACCAAUCAAAAAGGAUAGAUUUUAGAAAAUGGAGCAUGAUGGGAUACACAUUUUUUUAAUUAAAAAAAAACAGAUUAGUUGCUUUUAUAACUAUUCUCCAUUGGGGUAGAGGUAUUCACCUGAAGACAUAAGGAAAAUAGAUGCUUGUUAGGCCUUUUUUGUGUGUAUGUUGUUUGUUUUUUUUUUCUGUUUCUAGACUGUUCAUUGUAUGAUUUAUUCAAGCCCACAUGCUUUUCUUCAGUGCUUCUGGCCGUGUGUUACCUCCUAUUACACACAGGUUUUAGGGUGGGUUAGACUGGGCAUUUUUGUUUGGGGACUUAGCAAUAUUGAGUCUCUUAUAGCCCUACUCUGAAGCCUUCCUUCAGUAUUCUCCACCAUUUAUAUUCCUUUACUUUCUGGAUUUAUAAAAGCCCAAAACUGCAUAUAAGAUGAGCCUUUACAGCAUGGUUAAAACGAUCCCAGUGAUGGGUUAGAAGGUGUAUUAAGAAAUGGAGAUGCUCCAGAGCGCAACGUAAUUUUUUUUUUUAAACAGCAAGUUUCAUCUCCCUACAAUCCUCUGAAGCUUUUACCCAAGUCCUUUCUAGCCUCUCCAGUGCUUUUUUUCCUUCAGAUGGACCUUAAACUUAAUUUCUUGGACGCUGCUAGAGAGACUUCGAGGCAAUAAUAAAAGCUCAGUAUUAACCAACUCUAAACAGAGGUUUGAUCAUGCUUACUUGUACAGUUUUCCCCCUGUUUUAAAGGAAUGUAAUAAAAUUUGUUUUUCCCCAUAGAAUUAAAUAAUAUUAAAUUGAGUGAAAGGUUGAUUGUUGACAAAUAGAAUAGUACUUCUGUGCAGUGUUUCAUUUCAACUGAGAAAAAAGAUACAUGAGAGGAGUUUCUGAUUUAUUUUAGGAUAUUUUAAUCUCAUUUAAAAGAAUUUGACUUGCACAGGGUUAUUGUGGGAUUUACAUACAUAAGUACCUGUUGACUCAUUAAUAGAAAGACUUGGUACUUCUCUCACUGAAUGACCAUACUUUGGAGGAUGUAUAUAGUAUUUGGGAUAGAGAAAUAAAUGAGGGAGAAAGAACUGCUUAACUAAAGCAUCAUUCAUAUGUUUCUGUAGAGACCAUCUGGUUGCCUCCUAAAUUAUGUUAUAUAUACUUUGAGUAGUUACAUAUCACAUGUAUAUAGAUAAAUGUAUUUGAAAACACAAAUAGAAACUUCUCUAUUUGAUGAAGAACUCAAGGUUUGUGUUGGGUGGGAUAGGCACCAGGAAGAAUGUAGGUAACCUUUUAAAAAUUUUUACCAAAUUAACCAGUUAUGUUAUAAGAAAUAUCAGAUUAUUUCACCUUUAGUUUUUUUCACUAUGCAACUUGUAUGCGUUCACAUUAUAUUAAAUCAUAGCAUUAUCAGACUAUUUCUGGAUCACACACUCAAGUGUUAGAAUGAGAAGGGGAGAUAUGGUCAUCUUAGACUAAAAACAUGAAUAUCUGCUUGAAUUCCUUCAAGAAUUAAGGUAAAUAAUAUGAACAAAUUGUUCUGGAAGAACCCGAAUAAAACAGCCCAAAUAUUUAAGUGAAAGUUAAAUCUAUUUUCAUAUUGUUUAAUAACUUCUGUUUAAUCUUUAUUGCUAUUAUGAGAGGUAAAAUGUGUUAAUUAUAUAAUCAUUAUCAUGCCAAAAUCUGAACUAUUGUAAAAUUAUUGUGUAUUGUUAAAAUUGUAAUUCUGAAUUGUAUUUUAAAAAUAAUUCUUUCUGAUACUGUUUUUAUGUUACCCUUAAUGAAAACUGGACUAUAUACCAACACACACACACGCAUAAAUAUGAAUUGUUCCAUUUAAAAUUUUUAAGUUUCUUUUUUUUUUUUUUUGGUGCCUAUAAUUGAUUGGUCAUUUCUGCUGGCUUUUACUCCACUGAACUUUAAAAUCUUUCUGUAUAUGUUAUCAAUAAGAAAUAUCGUGGAACAUUAUAAAAAUCCAUCAAGAGACUUGCUUUCAUCAAGCACUUUAUCAGACUUCUGAGAAGUUAUCGAAGGCAUUGAAAGAUAAUUGACUUGCAGAAUCACCUCUUCUUUUUCUCAAGAAGAAAAUGGAAAAACAAAUUCUCUUCGUUCAGUGAAUCCCCAAUUUGGGGCCUGGGGAGCCUAGAGACCUUGUGAAAUCAAAUCUUGUGUUAUUUUCUCCUGGCUCACUCUUUUUGAGAAGGUUAAUGGGCUAUAUGGCUGGUGAGACACGAUCCCCUCCUAAGAAAAUGUAGGUGCUCAGACAGGUAACCUCUGCUGCUACUGUUUUUAUUUGUUUGUUUGUUUGUUUAAUUUCAUUUAAAAUUUGUUUUUGUUGUACUAGGAUAUUUUAAAUGUAAUAUUUCAGGAUUUAUAAUCAGGUUUAUUGCCUUUUUUUCUUUAAAAGAAACAAAGUUUUAUUUAAGAUACAUUUAGGCACCUUUGAAGCUUGGAUUUUGGAAUGUUUCAGUAGUGGACAGAAAUCUGCUGUUGGAAUCUUCUAGUCUUACAGGUUUAAUUUGAAGUUUUAAGUUUUGUUUUGAAUUUUUGUGUGAUAUUUUAUUUCAUUUUAUACCAAUGCCAUUUUGCCAUGAUGUUUUGGGGUGGCUGCCUAACUCUAGUGAAAAUUUCUUUCUAUAUUAAUGAAAAGUUUGGUGUUUCAAAUUCCUUAAUGUUUUGCAUUUUUUAAAUUGUUUUUAAAGAUAUAUUCUAACUGCUUUUACUGUUGCUGUUCUUUGCCAGCCUUUUCAGGAGCCAAAAAAACAAAAACAAACAAACAAACAAAUACCCAGAGAAAAAACUUUCCUUCUUCCCCCUUCCUGAUGAUGAGUGAGAAGUAUUGAGAACUUUUGGGGUCAGUGCCCUUCUAAACUCCCCUUCCCCCAAUAAUGCAGCUGUAUAAUGAAUGGUAAAUGCAGCGGUUUGGAUUCAGGCACAGCCCCAGCCUGUUUGCAGGUAAUUUGAUUCUUUAUCCUUUCUUUCCAUCACAAGGCUAACUUUAUUUUCCUUUUUAAAAAUUUCUUUACAUACUUUAAAGGUAACCAUGGGUUUGUAAUAGCUCUCAUUUAAAAAAAACUAUAUCUAGCAAAUAAUUUGAUUAAAGAACAUUUGGGGAUAAAGUUUGAAUUGGUUGGGAUGAACUCAGGACUUCAUUGGGUAUGUGCUUAAACCAUGUAGAUAAUUCCAUUCCUUGCAUAUAUGUCUAUAAUUAAGUAUUUCAGAGUGUGACUUUUUGGUUUUGUUUUUGUUUUGGGUUUGUUUGUUUCUUCCAUUGUGCUACUCUGGCUUAAGCUUUUUCAGGGGUUGGUGUUCGAGUACACAGUGAGCUCACAGUAUAAAGACAUCAAUUAGGAGUUGACAGGUAUGGAAAACUAGAGUUUUAAAAAGGUAAAAUUAGGUUCUAGGUUAUAUAUAUAUAUAUAUAUAUGGUAACUCACGAUAGCAUUCAGUUGACUUGAGUGUACCUCUUUCUGUGACAUCAUAAAAGUGAAAGGGAAUGACGAGACAGAUAGAAGAAAGCAUUUUGAUUAUUUUAAGAGCAGCAUGAUUUCAGAACUAAUUAUUUUAACAUUUGAGACACGAGUGCCAACAGAUAGAUGUGAAAUAGUUUGAGAUUAUCAUAAAAUAAUGGUUCAGACAUGAAAAAAAUAAUAGGUUUGAACAGAUUAGAAGGCAUUUCUGCAGUACAAGAUUGUUAAGCAGAUUAACAAAGGCCAUAAAGUUAGUGGCAGGAAUAGGGAUAAAACUUGUCCUUUUAAAGACCUUCCUGUUUCUUAAUAUAUCAUCCCCUCCUUUGUGUACUCCAGUCCAGUUACCCUUUUCUCCUUUUUCCUGUCCUUCCUAAAGUUUUAGCUCUGAUAUGAGUUAUCAUUUUGGAAGAUAAUCCUCUUUCUGGUAGAUAGAAUUUUAAUGACGGUGGUCAGGACCUUUUCAGGAUACACUUCUCCAUAAUUUUAUCCUGUGACUUUAGAUGUCUUAUCCAAAGAGAUUGUAGGUCCAAUAAAUCACUAGUUAGUGAGUAGGAAAUCCUGGCUUACAAUGUUUGUACAGCCAAAGGCAUAAAAUAAACCAUUAACCUGUUUUGUGCUUUAUUUCAUUCCUAUAAGAUAGGAACAGAAACUUCCCUAAGCAUUUUAAGACGAACAUCUGUCUGUUGAACAGAAAUUUAAUAACAAAGGAAUCCCACCUCCAUUCCUGUAGGAAUUUAGGGUGUAUACUGAAAAAGGCUUGUACAGGAGAAUCUAAUUCCCUUGUUGAUAAGAAUGGCCAGCUUUAGGAUGUGUAGACUGCAUGGGACACAGAGAAUUUAGCACCCUCUGUUCUGCUGCCCCCAUGAAGAUCACUGACUUGAUAAGAAUGGUCUUGAUUGUAGAUUUUAUCAUAAUCACUUAGUAGGUGGGCCUUAUACAGCAUAUAUACCUGGCUGCUAUUGUGGGGUUUGGGAACAUGAGGGGUGGGGUGAAUUGUUGUUGUUUUAGGUUUCAGUCAGACAGACAUCCCUGUGCCCCAGUUCCCAGAAGCACAGCAGGCCUCUAGGAUCAUCCGUGGGAACGGCGCAGUCCUGACAUCACCAACUCGCCUGCUCAGGCUCAUCCCAUAUACAGAGGUCAAAGGGUGGGGUUUGAGAUGGGGGAAGGAAUAAGAAAGUAGAAGCAAUGUCACUGCAGUGCCACUGUUGACUGGCCUUUGAUACUUAUGUCAGUGUUUGUUUUAUUUUUUAAGUUUGCAAAACUGUACAUAUUUUUAUUUUGGAGUAAAGGUAGUGGGAGGGUGGAACAAAAACAAGCCCUUACUAUUAUUACUAGUUCAAUAUUGGAUACUGUUCUUUAGUAACUAAUACAGAAUAAAUUUGAAACCUAGACCUCCAAUGACAAAGAGCAUGGGAAUAGAAAUGAAUAUCAGGAUUUUAACAAACAAAACAUUAAUGUGGUGUUAAUUUCUAGUUCUACAACUGGUGUUACAUUUGUCAUUCUGUUAUGCUUUUUUGCCCUAAUUCUUUUAUGUAUGUAUACAGUUUGAGGAAUUGUGCAUUUGUGGUCAGUUCUUUUAAAAGGAUUUAAUGAAUUUAUUACUAUCUUGCAAAAAGUAUACCCAAUGCUUAUAUGGGCAUACAAAUGCUACCCUAUUUUAAAUGUAGGUGGCGUAUGUGUUCGUGUUUUAAUGUAUUCAGAGCCAUUGGGCAAUAAGCAGUCCAGAACAUUGAAAACUCAAGCAGCAGGGAGAUAAACUGGUAGGUGGCAGCAGAAGAAGGAAUUCUUCAGAGUGAUGUCUACUGACAAAAUCUGCAUAAAAGAGGUAGAGCAUGUCAUACCAAGUGAAGUAAAGGUGGCAAAAAGUGGAAAAAGGAUGGAGAUUUCUAAAUGUGACUUUAAAUGGUUCUUUUGAAGUAAGCUGUCAUCCUUUUUGCUUAUUACUUCAUCCACAGAAUGGACGAAGAUAGAUUUUACUGUUUUUUUCAGAGGAUAUAAGUACACAGAACAAAGAAGCAAUAACUCUAACCUGUUGAUUCAUUGUGUUUGCUAAAAUAAAAACACCAGAACUGGAAAUGAAAUAGCAUGGAGUAUGACUUGGUUUUCUGGCAGCUGUUUCUACUCACUUCAUCUUACAUGAAUUUACUUCAGUCCAUAUGUCUACACUUGAAGUCUAACUCCACAUGUAUCAUUUUUUUAUUCUUAACUUUUGCAAGAUGAAACUCCAUCGGUUUUUUGAUAGACUGAUCUAUAUUCUAAAAUGAUUACCCCUUCUUUUGGCACAUAGAUAUGUAGUACAUGGAUUUUAUCUUGCCUCUUUCAUCACACUUUAUCUGUUCAUGCUGAAUAAUUGUUGCUCUUUUUU